GUACACAGAGAUCUGCUGCUAGCUACCUCCAGCAUAGGAGUUCACAUCUACUCUACCUCCUUCAAGGAGGCUAGUAGAGUGCAGCAUUGACUGGGGAUGUGGACCUGGGCUGCUGGGGCAUCAUUUAUUCAACUCUAGACCAAAAAAGUUUGGAAAAAUGGCCCAAAUUCGUAUUAUGUUCAUCCUGUCCUUCACGUUGAUGUCAAACCUCGGAAAAGGAGAUGACUUAUACGAGGACUACACGUGGCAUGUCAACAAAAUACCUCGGAUUGUAACUUCAAAUGUUUUCCACCUUAAAAGUCCAAAUUUUGACGCAGAACCCAAGUUGGAGCUGAAUGGAACAUGUGGAAUUGAAUGCCAGAAGACUUUACCAACUCCAUCUCUAACGGACUUGGAGCAUUACCUCUCCUACGAAACUAUGUUUGAGAACGGUACACGCACCCUGACCAAGGUUAAUGUUCGACACUGGCCACCUGGGCAUGAAAACAUCACAGUGGCAAAACACUCUUUGCGUAGAAAAAGACAAGUGUAUGGCACUGACAGCAGGUUCAGUAUAUCAGACAAGCAUUUUAUGACCAACUACCCAUUCAGCACAGCAGUUAAACUGUCUUCUGGCUGUAGUGGCAUUCUCAUUUCGCCCAAACACGUUUUAACGGCCGCGCAUUGUGUUCACAAUGGAACAGAUUAUGUUAAUAAUGCCAAGAAGCUACGUGUAGGUAUCUUGAAAAUCAGGUCCAAAAGAGGAGGUAAAAGACGCAAGGGGUCAAAACGGAACAAAGGAGGCGAGCCUGAGGAUGCCGAUUCUCUGUCAAAAGGUGGCAAGAAGCAGAGGAGAAAAUCUGUUCAAAAGAGAUCAGCUGCUGAAGAAAAGAUAAGCACUGAAUCUGGAAGGGAAAGAGGUUCUUCAGGUGGGAAACCAUCUUUCCAGUGGACAAGGGUAAAGUCUAUUCAGAUCCCUAAAGGAUGGUUCAAAGAGGUUACAGAAAAAAUGUCCAUAGAUUACGAUUACGCUGUUCUGGAACUGAAACGACCUCAUAAGAAGAAGUAUAUGGAACUCGCAGUCAGCCCCGAAGUAGAAAAGAUGCCAGGAAGUAGAGUGCACUUUUCAGGAUUUGAUGAAGACAGACUGGGCCAAUUGGUGUAUCGCUUCUGUAGUAUUUCAGAGGAAUCUAGUGAUCUGUUUUAUCAGUAUUGUGACGCAGACCCUGGCUCAAGUGGUUCAGGAAUUUACAUCCGUCUAAAAGAGCCAAAUAAGAAAAAAUGGAGGCGCAAGAUUGUUGCUAUCUACUCAGGACAUCAGUGGGUUGAAGUUAACGGGGAACAGCAGGAUUACAACGUAGCUGUAAGAAUUACACCUCUGAAAUAUGCUCAGAUAUGUCUUUGGAUACAUGGAAACAAUGCUGAUUGCACUCAAGGGUGAACUUGGCUGAAACCAUGAAGUCCCAUUGAGAUCUCCAGUUAAUGGAAAGUAGCAAUAACAAAAAUACUGGAAUAGUGACCCCUACUAACCCACAAGGGUGGUAUAACUGUUACAGAGAAUAAAACCAUGUCAUUAAAACUAGUGUCACCAUACGCUCAUCUUACUAGAACCAGAGACUGAAGGCACUUCCAAAGUCAACUUUGAAAUUUGAAAGCGAUAUAUAUCUGUACAAUAACAUUUGAUUUUCUAAAUAUGCAUUGCCUGAGCUGUACAAUAUUUUUCCACAAGGUUUUUUGGGAAGACAUGCAUCUUAACCAGCCAACGGCAUACAUAUCUUCUACUCAGGGUUUGCAGUCCUGCAUAUCUCGCUUCAUAUUUCCUGCAAGCACACAAUUCUAUAUGCAUGAGAGCACCAGUAACCUUGUCAUUAUGGUAACAUAAUCCAGUGUUUACAGCAGGCAAUAAAUGCAGCCAGAGCGAAGUGUUUGUAUUGCAAAUGAAACAUGCUUAGAAAAUGAUGCUGCAUACAUUUACAGUAGGCAUAGCAAGUCGUUGGCUAUCCAAGUAUUGAUGGUACUUUAGAACUAGUAGUCCACUGUACAGCGCUACAGAAUAUGAUGGUGCUAUAUAAAACAAUAAAUAAUAUUAACAGUAGGAGCACCACCAAAGAUACCAUUUCUGAAGCCUUGCAAAUGAGAAUUAAUUUCUGCAUAUUCCACGAGAGUAUUGGGGACCUGGAGAUUCUUCGGUGAUGGAUUCUGAACAUACUGCCAUUUGUUUUACUCCAGAAUGAAACUGGUCUCUUGUUUGACUUAGAAUAUGACAGUAAAAAAAAAGUUAAAAGACAAAGUAACCUUCUACAUCAAGUAUAAAAUGUAAGAUCAAGUUUCUAUAACCCCAAGCACAUAAACAUCUAUGGGUUUUGUUUUUUAAUAGAAAUGUUGCAUUUUGUUCCAUAUUAUACAAGCCAAGGAACCACCA